UGGGAGACGGCGAGGCCAGGGGGAGGGCGGGGGAGCUGGUCCUACGUGCUGACGCUAAUUGUAUAUGAGCGCGAGCGGCGGGCUCUUGGGUCUUUUUUAGCGCCAUCUGCUCGCGGCGCCGCCUCCUGCUCCUCCCGCUGCCACCCUGAGUCACUGACUGCGCAGCUCCGGCCGCCUGGAUACCCGUGCUAGCCAUCGAUAUUUGGAGUUCUUACAACAUGGCAGACAUUGACAACAAAGAACAGUCUGAACUUGAUCAAGAUUUGGAUGAUGUUGAAGAAGUAGAAGAAGAAGAAACUGGUGAAGAAACAAAAAUCAAAGCGCGUCAGCUGACUGUUCAGAUGAUGCAAAAUCCUCAGAUUCUUGCAGCCCUCCAAGAAAGACUUGAUGGUCUGGUAGAAACACCAACAGGAUACAUUGAAAGCUUGCCUAAGGUAGUUAAAAGACGAGUGAAUGCUCUCAAAAAUCUUCAAGUUAAAUGUGCACAGAUAGAAGCCAAGUUCUAUGAGGAAGUUCAUGAUCUUGAAAGAAAGUAUGCUGUUCUCUAUCAGCCUUUAUUUGAUAAGCGAUUUGAGAUCAUUAAUGCAAUUUAUGAACCUACGGAAGAAGAAUGUGAAUGGAAACCAGAUGAGGAAGAUGAAAUUUCGGAGGAAUUGAAAGAAAAGGCCAAGAUGGAAGAUGAGAAAAAGGAUGAAGAAAAACAAGACCCCAAGGGAAUCCCUGAAUUUUGGUUGACUGUUUUUAAGAAUGUUGACUUGCUCAGUGAUAUGGUUCAGGAACAUGAUGAACCUAUUCUGAAGCACUUGAAAGAUAUUAAAGUGAAGUUCUCAGAUGCUGGCCAGCCUAUGAGCUUUGUUUUAGAGUUUCACUUUGAACCCAAUGAGUAUUUCACAAAUGAAGUGUUGACAAAGACAUAUAGGAUGAGGUCGGAACCAGAUGAUUCUGAUCCCUUUUCUUUUGAUGGACCAGAAAUUAUGGGUUGUACAGGGUGCCAGAUAGAUUGGAAAAAAGGGAAGAAUGUCACUUUGAAAACCAUUAAAAAAAAGCAGAAACACAAGGGACGUGGGACAGUUCGUACUGUGACCAAAACAGUUUCCAAUGAUUCUUUCUUUAAUUUUUUUGCUCCUCCUGAAGUUCCUGAGAGUGGCGACCUGGAUGAUGAUGCUGAAGCUAUCCUUGCUGCAGACUUUGAAAUUGGUCACUUUUUACGUGAGCGUAUAAUCCCAAGAUCAGUGUUGUAUUUUACUGGAGAAGCUAUUGAAGAUGAUGAUGAUGAUUAUGAUGAAGAAGGUGAAGAAGCGGAUGAGGAAGGGGAAGAAGAAGAUGAGGAAAAUGAUCCAGACUAUGACUCAAAGAAGGAUCAAAACCCAGCAGAGUGCAAGCAGCAGUGAAGCAGGAUGUGUGUGGCCUUGAGGAUAACCUGCACUGUAAUAGCCUAAACACAACUAUUAUUUACUUACAGCCUUAUGUUUUUGUAUUUUCUUGGUAGACUCAGUACUUUUUUUUUUUUUAAGGAAAGGAAUUGGUAUUUUAAAAACGAUUUUGUUCUACCUAGCAUUUUAACUUUAGUUUUUCUGCCAGAUAUAUUGAAUGCAGAAAUUCUCUCACACAUUGUCAUUCAUUGCUACAUAGUUUGGUUCUUCUGGGGUAUUUUUUAUCAUGUAAUUAUUAGAUUACAGCUACAAAAAUAAAACAACUAUUAAAUGAAACAAAUUUUUUGUUUUGCUAUUUUUUUUCCUUGAAGAACCAAAGUAUUUUUUCAGGUGGUAGUUCCAUGGGUUUAAGUUUGCUUGUACUAGUUUUGCCCUUCAUUACUUUGUUAUAGAAAUGCAGUGCCUAUACUAAAACAAUUUAUCAUUAAUUAAAAAAAAACUUGUCAAGUUAAGGCUAUGGUUAAGAAUUUCCAGUAAGAACACACACGUUAACCUAGGUGAUUAAUGGAUUUUUAUAUUUUAGGUGACAUAGUUCACUGGAAAGAACCCUAACAUAGUAGUGUGAUUAUUGGUUACCAUAGGGAGGUGAAUAAAACCUAGUAUUUUCAGAAGUUAGGCUUUAUUAUUUUAACUGUACUGUUAAACUUAACCUCCAUUAACUAAGCAUCUUUUCUUUGUGGUAGGGUCUACCUUCUGCUUCCCUGGAAAGGAUGAAUUUUCAUCAUUUGACAAGUUCAUUUCAAGUUUUGUGUUGUCGGUUUGCUUGCUUGUUUUUGGUUCUGCAGCCUAAAAUAAAAAUGUCAAAUAUAAUUUUAGUUCUCACAGAUAAUGUCUUAAUUGUGUACUAAUUCAGGCAGAAAUAGAGCCCUAGCUUGACUUAAACAUUAUACUCAGUUUACCAUCAUAUUGAAGAAAAGGGUGCCAACUUUGGAAGAGGUGUACUGCAUCUAGUAAGAAAGUGUAAAAAACAAAGACAAGUGAUUUUUUUUCUUUUUUAAGAAAAUUUAAAUUUUAUUUCUUUUGGUUGAAACACAAGAGGGGCCCCAAGCCUCUAUGGUUAAUUCCAGCUCUUAUUGUUUAAAGUAUGAGCAUGUUAUUUACCCAUGCUUUUGCUUACUAUGUAUUAAAAUGGGUAGUACUGUUUACUUAACUACCUCAUGUGUUAGGCAUAUUAAAUUAAAUUAUAUGAAAUGUUUCUCAAUCUUAUUAAAAGCUUAAAAUUUUGGACCUGUUUGCACCAAGUAUGAUAUUUAACCUUUUAUUCUACCACAGUUUGAUAAAUAAACUAGAAAACAAAAGUUAGUACUUUAUUCUGGGAUCUGGUCACACAACGUUCUUUGUGUGGCUCCUAUUUUAAUAGAAAUGGAUGGAUAGCCAAUUAUUUGAAAAGGUCCAAAGAUUGUUUUAGGUAUUUUAGUUAUGACCAUGUUGGUAGAGAUCAUGGUACUACAAUAGAAAUAAGACUGGGAGGGGGUGGAAUGCCGUUACAUUUGAGGAUUGUAGAGCCACAUUUCAAAUACCUCAGGCUAGUUACUGUUAAUUUUUUUUGGUGAACUUAAAAGCUUUGGCAGUAAGCGUGGACUAAUUGGGUUGUAAUUAUAGAACAGCUUAGUGUUUCUGCUCAUAAUAAAAUAACAUUAGGUUCAUCUUUAGAAGUAAUAAAGCUUCCAUUUUUGGAAUGUGAAUGAAUACAUUUUGUUAUUUGUAUAGUAUUCUCUGUUUCACUCCUGAGAUUUUAAUUAACUACUGGAAAUCUUUAACCAAUUGCAAUAGUUUAUAGGG